UGUCCGGCUAGCUAUUUGCAUCAUCUUACAUGAUCACAACACUCGGCGUUUCAUAUGGUAAACUUGCUUUAGUAUUAAUGGUGCAUUAUUUGGCAUACUCAGAUUAAGAUUUUUUUCAUAUUUGAUAAAAAUGUUUCUGUUGACUUAACAGUUGCCACAAUUAUCAAAUUAUAUUGUAUAAUAUUUGUGCGACGUAAUUAAAGAUACGGCUUACAAAGAAAAAAAUUAAUAUUCUGCUUUGCAGAGUUUACUUAUGUUAGUAUUCAUGAGGGAAAGAGUUGCUUACUGCUGGUGUGUGUACAUUUUUAUAUAUACAUCUCAAUACUGUAUCAGUGACAGUACUCGUAUUUUCCUGGCAUUCUAUGAAUGAGCAGAUUGCCCAAUAAUGAUGCAUCAGUCCCCCGCCAUUUCCAAAAAAUAAAAAUAUUCUGGAUCCACCCCUGCCAGUUAAAAGUAUUUUUCAUCCCUGAUGAUGCAAUUGAGUUUCCCUGAAAAUGUCCAAUCAGCACUAAGCAGGCGGGGUUUACUGCUGAUAAGCUUGCUGUGUUGUACUUUGAUCAGUGUUGUUGCAGAUUGAUGUGUGUCUGUUGGUCAGUCACUGAGCUUUGAGCUGCAGGUUCCACCUGCUGCUCUGGAACUGGUUCCACAUCUGGAUGAACUGAAAGCUUGUGGUUCUGAGGAAAUCGGUGCCAUCAUGUCAACAUCUAAACAAGUGGAACCAGUUAGAGAAAGAAUCUAUGGAGGUGUUGGCCGCUGCAAAUGCUCCUUUUGGUUCGCCGUGGCUCAUGACAUACUUGGGGUGUCCAUCCUAAUGGUGGGAGUGUUUGGAGGACUGGCUAUACACGACUUGUUCAUCUACGCGGGGGCCAUUAUCAUCUUCCUCAGCCUGAUCUGGUGGGUGUUUUGGUACUCUGGGAACAUUGACAUCCCACCUGAGGAGCUCGAAGAUGAGGUGGGUGGACUCAAACUGAAGGAGCGUGGACUCAGCAAGGUUGCAAGGCAGGUGUCCAACCGCCUUUCUAGCAGCAUCAGGAACUCUUUCAGAAAGAACAGGUUGACCAGUGCCAGGCCUUCAAGUUCUGUGCAACAACGAAAUGCAGACUUGGCACUUUACACCAUCUACAAUGAGUCCGUGGUCUCCUCAUCCAAGGAACAUGUGAGCAAGAGCUUGUUGCUGUGAAUGAAUCCUUUACGGUUUAUUGUUCUAUCUAGAAUUUUGCAGCAGAACUGUUCAUGAGCUGUACCUCACCAGUCAGCACUUCUAGCGUCUGUGUUUUCAAUCCCUGUCACCUCUAGGCAUAAACCUGGACCUCUGGACCAACAAGGGCAGCAUCAAGUCCACAAAGCAGUGAAGCUGGGUUGUUUCAGGCUUGUGUCUAAAAGUAGACUUUCCUUUAGACCUUGACUACAGGAGUCUUUGUCCUUGGACUGGUGACAAACAUGAGUUUGGACUUUGACCAACGGCACACUGCAGCCUACUGGAAACUGACUCAUUCUUUAACAAUAAACUACAAGUGUUCUUGUUUUGAUCUCAUGUUUGGUUCUCGAUCCAGUGAGCGGAAGGUUGGGUGAAUGUA